AUGGAAUCUGAAAAUCAAACUUCAUUGACUGAGUUUGUUCUUGUUGGGAUCCCAUAUCCCCCAUAUCUGAAGGGUCCUUUAUUCAUCUUCUUCCUGCUUAUCUACCUGUUGACCCUGUUUGGAAACCUUCUGAUUCUCUUGGUUGUGGUCUCCAGUCCACAGCUGCACAAACCCAUGUACUGGUUCCUCUGUCACUUGUCCUUCUUGGACUUGACUGUCUCUUCUGUGAUAGUUCCCAAGGUGAUUGCUGGAUUUGUAAUGGAUGGUGGGACCAUUUCCUUUGGGGGCUGUGUGUCCCAGCUCUUCUUCUUCCACUUCCUGGGAUGCACAGAAUGCUUCCUCUAUACUCUGAUGGCCUAUGACCGCUUCCUGGCCAUCUGCAAACCGCUCCAUUAUGGCAUUAUCAUGAACCGUCGGACAUGCCUCUUUCUUGCCAUAGGUACCUGGUUUGGUGGCUGUCUUCACUCUGUGAUGGAAACAGCCCUUGUUUUUCGCCUGCCUUUUGGCUGGAGAAACCAGGUGAACUAUAUCUUCUGCGAUAUCCCAGCUGUGCUGAAAUUGGUUUGUGCUGACACAACACUCAACGAGAUGGUGACCAUGGUUGAUGUUGGACUGGUGGCCACCACUUGCUUCUUUCUUAUUCUGAUUUCCUAUGUGUACAUUGUAUCUGCUGUCUUAAAGAUCCGCAGUGCUGAAGGGCGCCAGCGGGCCUUCUCCACCUGCACAGCCCAUGUGACUGUUGUGGUGACUUAUUACAUACCACUUGUCUUCAUCUAUCUGAGGCCUGGAUCCCAGGAUCCUCUAGACGGGGUGGUGGCUGUAUUCUACACUUCAGUGACUCCACUUCUGAAUCCCAUAAUCUAUACACUGAGGAACAAGGACAUAAAAGUUGCGUUGGCGAGACUGUCUAGCAAAGCACCCUAG